UUCCUGCCUCUGCCGUCUCUUAUCAGGACUUAAAGACAAACCGGCACAGCAGGGCCUCCUGCGGCCUCCUUCAAUCUUUUCCUUGGCAGCAGAGAUCGUUUAACGCAGGUCGUAAAGCUAAAGGUUAGGAAUAGGCCGCAUGCAGCUGGAGACUCAGGCUGGGUGUUUGCCUUGGCUGGGGGCCUGCGGCUGUCAUCAGGCGGGUGCGGGUCAGCAUCGCCUGAACGUGAGUGACUUUUUACAACGUGGACUCCAACGCUUUUCCCGUCGCAGGCCUCUGUGGUGACGGCCAGAGGCUUGACUCAUCCGCAAGAACUCCUCCGCUUGCAGGGGGGGAACCGACGCCCACUCUGGCUGGGACUCCGUGUGGAGUCAAAGGACACGCUGGGGCUUGGGGAGAUGGAGUGAAGGGAUUGGAACGUUUCAUCGGAGAGUGAAAACAAAAACUUUUUUUUAGCAUUAGUAAUAGUUUUUGUGGGACUACCAGUGUGUAAAAAACUCGGGUAGAGACACUGAUUGUGGAAGGAAACGGCGAUUAGCAACCAGCUCCUUGUAUGUGUAAGAGAUCCCCAAUAUUUUUUUGUACAUAUUGUCAAUGGUAUCCUCUUUGCAUGACAUCUUUAUUGUUUUGAUUUAAUCUACCUGUAAUCGUUAGUUCUAAGUAAAGCACUUUCACUACUUGGUGCUGUUACACAGUUACGCCACAGGGGGGGCGUUGCGGCUUGGUUGGUUGGGAAAGCCACGCACAGCAGUGAAGAAGAAAAAUAAAUUGCUGUUUUUGGAACUACACUAACUUCUCCCGUUCUUUGCUGUGUUUCAGGCCCGUCUUCCACUGUGGAGGAGAGUUGGAGGCGGAGUCGGGUUUUGUUGGCAGCGAGGGAUUCCCGAGCUACUACAAACCAAACAGCAAAUGCACCUGGCUCAUCACGAGGGAAAAGUGGUAAUGCUCACCUUCCGCAUUUUUGACCUGGAGGCCGACUCGCAAUGUCGCUACGACUACCUAGACGUUUAUAACGGCAAGUCCAACACCGUGCAAAAACUGGGCCGCUUCUGCGGGACCUUCCGCCCUGGCGCUCUCAUUUCCACCACCAACACCAUGAUGCUGGAGAUGGUGAGCGACGGGGAGACCCAUGGCCGAGGGUUCGUGGCCUAUUUCAGCGGUGCCAAGCCGUACGACCAAGAUCAACAGCUCUGUGGGGGAAAGAUAACAAAAUCCCAGGGAGAGAUCAAAACGCCAAACUGGCCGGACAAGAAGUAUCCGCCCGGAACCAGCUGCUCCUGGCUCAUCACGGUGGACGCUGAUAAGGUAAUCCAGGUUAGCUUCGACAAGUUUGUCUUGGAGGCGGACACCUACUGUCGCUUCGACUACGUGGCGUUCUUCAACGGCGGUGAGAAAGACGACUCACGCCUGAUUGGAAAAUACUGUGGCGAUCAAGCCCCGGCGCCCAUCACUACCAGCGGGAACGUGCUGCUGGUCCAGUUUGUGUCUGACCUCAGCGUGACAUCUGAUGGGUUCCUGGCCUACUACACCAGCGUACCCACUGUGCACCGUGCCGAUACCAGACCUGUACCGGCGAGACCCCACGUCAGACCCCCCGCACGUGAACGAGUCCCCGCCGCCACGGCGCCCCCGCCCGCUGCUACACCCAAAUAUGUCCCCCCUCCUGCACCGGAACCAACCCAAAGACCCAAAGCAGUCCGGCCCACCGCCGGCCGUAGCGAGGGAACCACAGGCCAGGACAGGGGAGGGGUUGCCACCAGAGCCAAUGGAAAGAGGCCGGUCACUCAGAAUCCUUUGUGUGCCAAAGCCUGUAGAAGAGACGGAACCAUCAAGACCAGUUUCUGUGCCAGCGAAUUUGUGAUUACCGGGAAGGUGACCUCACUGGCCCCCGGACCUCGGGGCACCCUUCUCAUCGGGGUCUCCCUCAUCAAGACUUACAAAGCAGGUCGGCUAACGAUCACGCAAGUCGGCGAGACCAUGUCAGUUAAGUUGGUGUCGCAAUGCAGGAAGUGCCCAUUGCUCCGCAGAGGUGCAAACUACAUUAUCAUGGGUCAGGUGGAUGACGAGGGUCGUGGCAGCUUACAACCUGGCUCAUUCACAGCUCCAUACAAAGCUCCACAUCACAAAUUAUUGACAAACAUUAACAACCAACCAUGCUAACGCAACAGAUCCCUGACCAAACUAGUCCGAGUCUGAUGCGGUUGCAGAUCUGUGAGAUGAUAAUGUCUCAGUAAAACCCAACUAUCGCCCCAUUAAAGGAACACAAAUACUUAAACCUUGUCUGUAAUUUAUGUAUGAAUAAAGGUUUUAUAUCUCUUCUGUCA